AUGAAGAACGAACCCCUUCCUUUCAACUGGGUCACGAUAGUGGUGUCCCCUAUCACAGGGUUCCUGGCUGCCGUGUAUACUCCAUUGAAACGGGAAACAGAGUGCUUUGCUGUGAUAUACUACUUUGUAAGCGGUAUAGCGAUCACAGCAGGCUAUCACAGACUCUGGUCACACAAAUCAUAUGGAGCAACCUUACCACUUAAAUGGUUUCUGGCUAUCUUCGGUGCCGCAUGCUGUCAAUGGUCCAUAAGAACGUGGGCUGAAUGCCAUCGUUCCCAUCACCGCUACACAGACACUGACAAAGACCCUUACUCGGUCAGACACGGGCUCGUCCACGCCCAUAUUGAGUGGGUCCUGCAACCGGAGAUCAGGGCUGGCCCAACGGAUCUCUCAGAUCUGGACGCAGAUCCCGUGGUGAGGCUACAGCACCGGUAUUACUUGACCUUUGCUAUAAUCAUGUCUUGUAUUUUCCCCUCCGGUGGAUUCAUAUACGCUGGAGUCAUCGGUCUUUUCUUUUGCUACCAAGCUAUCUUCUCUAUUCAUUCGAUCGCACACUGGGUUGGCGACCAGCCCUACGAUGAUAGACACACACCCCGAAACCAUACGCUGGUCACGCUUCUCUGCUUUGGGGAAGGAUACCAUAACUACCACCAUGAGUUUCCAGCGGACUAUCACAACGUCGUGGAGUGGUACCAGUGCGAUGUCACCAAAUGGUGUAUCUGGGUGUGGAAGCAACUCGGCCUUGCAUAUGGUUUGAAGAAGGCCCCAGACAACGUUGUGGGCAAGGGAACGUACCAGCAGGCCCGGAAGAAGCUAGAACGGAAGGCUAACAAACUUGACUGGGGGUUGCCUCUCUCUCAGCUGCCCGGGAUUACUUGGGAUGGUUUCCAAGAAGCAGUAAAAGAUGGCCGGCAACUGAUCAUCCUGUCGGGGAUGGUCUAUGAUAUAGCGACCUUUAUCCCUUUUCGUCCAGGAGGAGUAAAGAUCCUGGUCAGUCACAUAGAGAAAGAUGCAACGAAGGCCUUCAAUGGCGAAAUUUACUCACACUUCCACUGCCGCACGAAAUUGAAACUGUCUCAUGUUCCGAUUCCCGCGGUUAUUCAGGAUAGCAAAGGCAAGAGGCUGUAUACUUUUGAAAUUCACGAAGUUUUGGUGUUGCGAUACUCUCGACCCGGCCGGGAUGAGACCAAUAGAAAGCAGGAUAAGGCCGACCGCCGCACCCCACACUUUAAACUCCCCACAUCACCAAAGCAGCUCGAGCUGCCUGAGGGCGCCGAUGCAAAAGCGUUCAUCGUCUUUGUGACUUCCGAUGACCCUACGACUGGUCAAUCCUGGUGUCCCGAUGUCCGUGCCGCCUGGCCAGUUCUUGAGGCCACGUUCUCCGGGGUGAACGCACCGGCACUGAGGGUUGUGGAGGUUGGACAGAAGCCAGAAUGGAAGGAUUUAAAUAAUGUCUACCGGACCAACUGGAAGGUCCCUUGUAUCCCGGCGUUGGUGCGAUACGAACGCGUCAAUGGCGAGACCGCCGAGACAGGCAAGCUGGUCGAAGGAGAAAUUCUGGACAAGAAGAGGCUGGGGGAGUUUAUUGGGACGACGCUUUAG